UCGCUCGCUCGUUCAUUCGUUCGCAUCUGUAAAUCUCUCCCCUGUCGAUAAAUAUUACUCACAGUGGAGUGACGUUCGGAGCCUUCUUUAGGGUUUCAGAUAGCUCUGAUCUGAUUCAAAUGGCAGAGAGAGAAGGCAAUGGCGAAUUCGAGCUGGAGAUAGUAAAUGAUUAUGUCAGAAGUUGAGAUCUGCGUCACUCUUAUCGGAUGCUCGAAUCGCAAGUGAAAUAUUGUUUUUCUUCAAUUACUGUUAUCUUUAAUCCAAUAGAAACGAAGAUUUCAGAGGGAGAUCUAUACUUGUAUAGAUACUGUCUUCUCGUUGUGUAAGCGUUCUGAUUCGAUUGCUAAAUUGGAUUUUAGUAAAGUCAAGCAGAUCUGCAGUUUAUUUGGUUCAUCGGUCACAAUUUCUGGCAUUUAGGCCAGGAUCGUUUAUUUAGAUGGUAUGGAACACUAGCUUAAGGAACAUAGUCGUUCAAGCUGGACAUAUCAGGGGUUUUUGUAAGGGAAGAGUGCAGUUGAGGGAUAUCCGUCGGGGCUUGGAUGCCAGACUUGGCGCCCAGUAUUCAUUAAUUCGCAGAUUCAGGGCGGUCGAAGCGAUGAUGGUUGACAAAGGUGCAAAUGCUGAACGGGGAACCGUAGCUGACUUCUUGCCCGAGAAAGAAAAUAUGGAAGAUAAUGGCUGUGCUACUGGAGGAUGGCGAAGUGAAGAUGGAAGACUGAGCUACGGCUAUUCAAGUUUUAGGGGAAAGAGGGCCAGCAUGGAGGACUUCUAUGAUGUUAAAAUGUCAAAGAUUGAUGGUCAAACAGUUUGUCUGUUUGGAAUAUUUGAUGGUCAUGGUGGUUCUCGUGCAGCUGAAUUUUUGAAGGAACACUUGUUUGAGAAUCUCAUGAAGCAUCCAAAAUUUAUGACAGAUACCAAGUUGGCUAUAAGUGAAACUUAUCAAAGGACUGACAUGGACUUCCUGGAUGCCGAAAGCAAUACUUACCGUGAUGAUGGGUCUACUGCUUCAACAGCUGUUUUGGUUGGUAAUCAUCUAUAUGUAGCAAACGUGGGAGAUUCACGGGCAGUAAUAUCAAAAGCAGGCAAAGCAAUACCCCUGUCUGAAGAUCACAAACCAAACAGAAGUGAUGAGCGGAAGAGAAUUGAAAGUGCUGGAGGGGUUGUCAUGUGGGCAGGUACUUGGAGGGUUGGGGGUGUCUUGGCAAUGUCCCGUGCAUUUGGCAACCGCUUACUGAAACCGUUUGUUGUAGCAGAACCUGAGAUUCAGGAACAAGAAAUUGGUGAUGAAUUUGAAUGCCUGGUGCUGGCCAGUGAUGGACUUUGGGAUGUAGUACCAAAUGAGGAUGCUGUUUCCCUUGCAAGAGCCGAGGAAGAACCUGAGGCAGCAGCCCGGAGGUUGACAGAGACUGCUUAUAAUCGUGGCAGUGCGGACAACAUCACCUGCAUUGUGGUGAGAUUCAACCAUGACAACGCAGAAUAAGGUUUCCUCCAACACGAGGGUAUCAGGAAUGACUGGCUUGAUUCCAAAUCUAAAUUAUUGCAUUUGAUAAUUCUAGAUGAAAAUUUUUCCAUGUGCAUAGUAGUCCAUGUGAGUAUUGACAAGCACAGGUACGGUUUGUUACAGGGACCUGUUUAUUCAGUGUUUUGUCUAUAUCUUCUGCAGCAUACUGGGGCAACCAUCUUGUUCUUUAUUCUAUAGUCUUGCAGUGUGAUGGUGUUCCCUUAUUC